UUUUAAUUCCUAAAGAUUAAAUUCACAGAGUAUUAUUUAAAUUAUUAUUUAUUUUAUUGAAAUAUUAUGAAAUGUUUCUAAUUUUAUCAAAUAUAUUAUUGUAUAACGGUGAUUUAGAAAAAUUUUUAAAUAUUAUUUAUUACUUAGUAUAUUGUUUUGAUUAUUGUUAUUGUUCCUGAAUUGUAGCUCAUUUUUUAUAUUUAUUUUUGUUUUUGUUAAAAUUAAUACAAGUAGAUUGUUUUCACUUAUAUUUGUUCAUAAAUACAAUUGAAUUGUACCUGACUUUUAUUUAUUUAUUUUCGUCUUUGUUCAAAUCAAGGUGAAUAUUUUAACUUAUUGUAUAUUGUUAAUGUAUAUUAAAUGGGUGAAUAUAGGCCUCCUGGAGAAACGAACACUCAAAAAAGAUCGAUAACGCACCUAUAUUGCAACCCCAGAGGGGGUGAGGAAAAGCAAUAAAUAUUUAUUAAUCUUUUGUUUCAAAAAUAUUCUUGAAAGUUUUCGUUACUAUUUUCCACAUCAAAAAUAAGUACACAAACAAGUUGUUAAACUACAAUACAUUGCUUUUAUUUACAUCUCUGUGUUAAAAAAGGCAGAUUCGAUCAGGUGAUCAUGGCUGUUUCACACACAUAGGAAAACAGCUGAUUCUUGGGUUACUUUCAGCUUAUACAAUUCCGGAAACUCAAGUUCAGGAUUGCACAGCAAAGGCUAAGUUUUUUAAGGAAAAUGUAGCGACCUCACUGUUGUUAUUAAAGUUUUUCAAGCUUCUAUGCUUAGUUUGACCUCCCUCCGCUCAAUUAUUUUAUUUUUUCCAUCUUUAGUUUAAGAUUCAAUAUUGAUAAAUUAAGUAUUUUAAGGUUUGUGAUAUGGUACAAAAAAUUAAUACUGUUUAACGUUAUUAAGUAAUAUUGAAUAUUGGUUCACUCCACUAUCAAAUAUAUAUGGAUAUAUGGAAAAAACAGUAGCAAGUCAACCCUGUCAUCAACGUGGCACUGGAAAGACGAAGCGAGGCAUAUUUUUCGUUCACGACGAGUUUCUCGUUCACUUUGUUCAAGUCUGUUGGCGGAUCAGCAUAGACUUCAGUGAUUUCUCGAUUCAGUUUAUUGAAAACUCAUAAAAAAGGAAAAUGGGUAAGGAGAAGGUUCAUAUUAAUAUCGUCGUUAUUGGACACGUCGAUUCUGGAAAGUCAACCACCACCGGUCACUUGAUCUACAAAUGCGGUGGUAUCGACAAGCGUACAAUUGAGAAGUUCGAGAAGGAAGCUCAAGAAAUGGGCAAGGGUUCCUUCAAGUACGCCUGGGUUUUGGAUAAAUUGAAGGCCGAACGUGAGCGUGGUAUCACCAUCGAUAUCGCAUUGUGGAAGUUUGAAACCUCCAAAUACUACGUCACCAUCAUCGACGCCCCUGGCCACAGAGAUUUCAUUAAAAACAUGAUCACUGGCACCUCACAGGCUGAUUGUGCUGUGUUGAUUGUCGCUGCUGGUACUGGUGAAUUUGAAGCCGGUAUCUCCAAGAAUGGUCAGACUCGUGAGCAUGCACUUCUUGCUUUCACCCUUGGUGUGAAACAAUUGAUUGUUGGUGUCAAUAAGAUGGAUUCGUCUGAACCACCAUACAGUGAGGCUCGUUAUGAGGAAAUCAAGAAGGAAGUAUCCUCAUAUAUUAAGAAGAUCGGUUACAAUCCAGCUGCUGUUGCCUUCGUGCCAAUCUCUGGUUGGCAUGGUGAUAAUAUGUUGGAAGCAUCCUCCAAUAUGCCAUGGUUCAAGGGAUGGAAGGUCGAACGUAAGGAAGGUAAUGGUGAAGGCAAGACCCUUAUCGAUGCCCUUGAUGCUAUUUUGCCCCCAUCUCGACCAACCGACAAGGCCCUCCGUCUGCCACUCCAGGAUGUGUACAAAAUUGGUGGUAUUGGAACAGUACCAGUCGGUCGUGUUGAAACUGGUGUAUUGAAACCUGGUAUGGUCGUUGUUUUCGCCCCAGCGAACAUCACCACUGAAGUUAAGUCCGUUGAAAUGCAUCACGAAGCUUUGCCAGAGGCUGUUCCCGGUGACAACGUUGGUUUCAACGUUAAGAACGUUUCCGUUAAGGAAUUGCGUCGUGGUUAUGUCGCUGGUGAUUCUAAAGCGAGCCCACCUAAGGGAGCUGCUGAUUUCACCGCACAGGUUAUUGUGUUGAACCACCCUGGUCAAAUUGCCAACGGCUACACUCCAGUGUUGGAUUGCCACACCGCUCACAUUGCCUGCAAGUUCGCUGAAAUCAAAGAAAAGGUUGAUCGCCGUUCCGGUAAGACCACCGAAGAGAACCCAAAAUUCAUCAAAUCUGGUGAUGCUGCCAUCGUAAACUUGGUGCCCUCCAAGCCAUUGUGCGUUGAAUCUUUCCAAGAAUUCCCCCCAUUGGGUCGUUUCGCUGUGCGUGAUAUGAGACAGACUGUUGCUGUUGGUGUCAUCAAGAGUGUGAACUUCAAGGAUGCCUCAGGUGGUAAAGUAACCAAGGCCGCCGAAAAGGCCACCAAGGGAAAGAAGUAGCUGCGUUCUAACGACGAUAAAGACCAACAGUUAUUAAAUAAACUCAAUAGCAACAACAACAGCUUGAUAAAUUCCACGUACGAUAGUAACAAUAGUCAAACAAACAGCAACAGUAAGGAAAACGGAGCGGUGUUCCAACUGACUUUAACAUUAAUGAUUAAUCAAAAGUUCCAUUGCUUCCAUCGGAAAGAGUUUCGUAGGAAACGAAAGUGUGCCUUCGGCGCUGUCAAAAUAUAUACAAUGUGGUAGGCACAUACACAACCAUGCACAAUAGCCUUUACCUACACAAGACGGCAGAAAUACGAAACCUCUUUUAAGCAAAUCAGCAUUUGUAUCUUUAGUUUUAUUAUUACUUUUAAUGUUUAUUUGUUGGAAUUCAUUCCAUCUCUUCUCUGUAGCGUUUAAAGCACAAUACUAUUGCUUUUAUUAAGAACAUUCAAAACCAUAAUAUAAAAUGAACCACUAUUUAAAAAAAAAAUAAAA